AUGGCCAGUUCGGAAUCUGCAGUGGAGAAGACCAAGCAGUCUCUCAUGCAAAAAGCUCGAGCAUGGGGAGAGAAUCCUUUCACCCCGACACUCCUCGCAACCUUCAUUACCGCACAGUACAUGCGACCCUUCCAAGCACUGCCGAUGCUCUUCCCACCCGUUCUUCUGUUCACAAGCUAUGCCAAUCUUCAAGGCUUUCAGACCGAUAGCGCAGGAAUUAGCGCUGCCUGGUCGGGACUUUACCUUCUGCUCGCUGGUCGGCGACGCCAGCCAUUCAUGAAGAAAUGGGGUGCCCGGGGCAUCGUCCGCGGUGUGACCAUGGGUCUUUGCUUGGCCAACAUGGUUGGCGGCGGACUGGCGUAUACUUUAGGAAAAAGGGAAGAAGAGGAUGAUGAUUAA